AACCCUAAAUCUCCCAAUUGAAUUUGCACACUCAUCUCUGAACUGAGAAAUUGUGGAGCUCUGAUUUGUGCAGGGAAGAGAUGGCAGCUAAUGCAAGCACCAGCGUAAGCAGAAAGCAGCUGAUACUAUCGGCUCUCUGCAAAUACUUCUCUCUCGAUCCUAAAUCGUUGCCGGAAAACAUCGCUGGCGAUGAAGUCACGAGCUUGUACUCAACCGUACUGAAAUCAGCCAAAAAGGACGCUGCAGGGGAAGUGAAAGAUGGGGUGGUGAAUUGGAUAAGAUAUGCAGAGGGUUUUCCUACAGAUUCCCAGGCAUGCUCUGGAGCUCUCAAAGGGUUGAAUGAAACCUUGGUUGAUGUGUCAGUGCUUUUGGGCAAUGGGUUCACCCCCUCUGAAGCUGAUGCUGUUGUGUUUGCUGCAGUGCAUUCUUCUGUGAUUGGACUUUCAAAUUCAGAUAGGCAAAAGUUGCCGCAUUUGUUGAGAUGGGUGGAUUACAUCCAGAACAAGGUGGAUUUUGGGGACAUACUUGAGAAGAUAGUGAUAGAGAAGGAUAAAUUUGAUUUUCGAAAGUUGGAUGAAUUGAUGGGAGCAAAAAAUGCAGGUAAGGUAGAAAUUGAUUCAAAUGCAAAGAAGACUGUUCAAGGCGCAAAAAGUGCAGAAAAGCCAGAGGCAGACCUGAACACAAAGAAAAGUGAUGCUGGGGUAAAGGCAGCAGGAGAUGAGAAAAUUACUUCGGAUAAGAAAGCGGAUAAGAAAGCAGAUAAGAAAGCUACUGAAGAGAAGAAAAAAUCACCAGAAACAGAGGCAGUUGAGAAAGACAAAGAAGUUAGUGUCAGUUUAUUGAAUAUACAGGUUGGCCUCGUGCGCAAAGCUUGGAAGCAUCCGUCUGCCGAUAGUUUACUGGUUGAGGAGAUAGAUGUUGGAGAAGCUAAAUUACGGCAAGUGGUCAGCGGCUUGGCAAAAUAUAUCAGUCCAGAGGAGUUGACAAACCGUCAUGUUGUGCUGAUUACGAAUGUGAAACCUGGGAAGUUACGGGAUGUGAUGUCACAAGGACUGGUGCUAUGUGCUUCUAACGAAGAUCACACCCUUGUAGAGCCUUUGCUCCCUCCACAAGGGGCUAAACCGGGGGAACGUGUAUCAUUUUCUGGGAUUGAUGGAAAGCCAGAAGAUGUUCUGAACCCAAAAAAGAAACAGCUGGACAAGAUCACUCCGCAUCUUUUCACUGACGACAAGGGCGUGGCUACCUUCAAGGGUAUUCCGUUUAUGACCUCGGCUGGGCCUUGUACAUCAUCCAUCCCCAAGGCAACCAUCAAAUGAUCAUAACUUGCCCUUACAACCAAUGUAACUCUCAUUAUUCAACGAAGUUCUCGCUCACCAUAUGGUUCUACUUAUUCGAUGUGAAGAUGUUAUGGAAUUACAGGUUAAAGAAAAUUGCUUUCAUGCCGCUUAUACUGUUAUAUCAAACGGUUUCACACGAUCAAUUUGAACCCGGAGAUGAAGUGCCGAUGUGCCAUUUCAAAUUAGGCUAGAAGGAUUCCGAGAAAAACUUGUCUGCACUUGUUUUUAGGUCGCUUGCACAUAAUUGUACGUGCAAGAGACCCGUUUUGUGAAACAGAAGUACAAACGAGCAGAGUCAAUUUCUACCUUCAUUAGGAUAAGAGGGAACCAAUCACGAGAAAUUUAAUGCGUACUGCAACGCAUUGUAUGUCUCAUUUUGAGGUAUAUUUUAUAUUAUAA